GGGGAGGUUGGGAAAGGGGGACCGGAGGGGCACGCAAUUUGGAAACAAUCUGGCUUGUUCACUCCCACCCUCACUUUGCAGAUACCUUCCCCAGCCACCGCCCCCGCAGCCUCCCUUCCCCCCGGCCAACCCCUGUCCUUUGGGGGCGCUGGGAAAUGGGUGUGCCAGCCACUGUAGGGGAGAUGGCGGGUUUGGCGCUGUUUGGGUUUCACAGGCGGGGGGGUCCCUGAGACAAUCUGGUAUUAAACUGCCGUGCUAACUCCCAGGCUGCUUUCCAGACACCUCCGACCCACACAACCCUUCACCCCCGUUUUUUCCGUCCUGGGAAAGGAGUUCGGGCUCUCAGUCUCCAACGUCUGCUGUCUAUAUUCCUGCCCUUCAGUCUGUCCUUAGGAUGGAGCCCUAACUGAACUGAAGGAAGGAGAGAAAUCCCUGAAUCCUUGGAGGUCUGUCUGCCUUUUGGGCCGUGUACGACUACAGGCCUGGUGGAAAAGAGCAAACUGCUUCUGCUGCCAGUGGGUUGGUCCUGCUCAGUUUGCAGCCUCGGCGGAACUUUCGAGCCUGAACUGAAGCACCUCACCCAGACGUGCACGCAUCCCUCUUGGGCAAGCCAACUCCACGACCUGGGUCAGAGAAUUACUACAGCUGCAACAUGAGCCGCGUUCGGGAUGCUGGCUGCGUAGCCGCCGGGAUAGUGAUUGGAGCUAGUGCCUGGUACUGUGUCUACAAAUACGCCAGGGGAAGAAACCAGACGAAAAAGAGACUGGCCAAGCCCAAGACCCGGGCUGUGGCCGGGACUGGAGCCAGGGCUAGAGCUGGACUAAGGGCUGGAUUCACAAUUGACCUUGGGCCAGGAUUUGGUCCUCCAACCCCAGUCCGCACUAAGGCAAAGAACAGGGCCCAAGAUGAAGCCACUGCUCUGAACGUGGCUGGAAGUGAGGCAGUCGCCCAGGCUGCAUCCAGUGCUGGGGCUCAGAGUGGGGGAGGAAGUCAGGCCCAGCGGGCAGAAGGGGCCGGGGUUGGGUCUAAGACUGAAUCAGUAGUCGGGGCCACAGCGGCUUCUGCAAUGGCACCACCUCCCAGGGAGGCAGAAGCUCCCACAGCUGUAGAGACCCCCACAAUGGCAGGGGCUCCCAAAUUGGCAGAAGUCCCUGGCACAGCAGAGGCUUCCGGGGUGCCAGCAGUGCUUCCUGGGGCACCAGUGCCUACUGAGGCAGCAGAGGCUCCCGUACUGGCAGCGCCCUCUGGGGCAGCAGCACCUACUGGGGCUGCAGAGGCUCCUGGGACUUCAGGGUCCCCUAGAACAGUGGCAGCGGCCAAGAAAGCAACCCCUGGGGCUCAUACUGGAGCUAUACCUAAGGCCGGGUCAGCGACUGGAGCUGUACCCAAAGGUGGAGCAAAGGGUGGAACUAGGUCCCGGACUGGAGGCAAGGGCAAAGGCAAGAAAAACAAGGUUGAAGUAGACGAAUUGGGCCUGGGCUUCCGACCUGGGGAUGGGGCUGCAGCCGCUGCUGCAGCCUCUGCUAAUGGGGGACAAGCUUUCCUGGCAGAGGUCCCCGAUUCUGAGGAAGGGGAGUCCGGGUGGACUGACACAGAGUCUGAGUCAGACUCUGAGCCUGAGACCCAGCAGAGAGGGCGAGGGAGGAGACCCGUUGCUGUGCAGAAGCGCCCCUUUCCUUAUGAAAUUGAUGAGAUUCUGGGUGUCCGAGAUCUCAGGAAAGUCCUUGCUUUGCUUCAGAAAUCGGAUGAUCCUUUCAUCCAACAGGUAGCUUUGCUCACUUUGAGCAACAAUGCCAAUUACUCGUGCAACCAAGACACAAUUCGCAAAUUGGGAGGCCUCCCAAUUAUUGCAAACAUGAUCAACAAAAGUGAUCCCCACAUUAAGGAAAAAGCCUUAAUGGCCAUGAAUAACCUGAGUGAGAAUUACGAAAAUCAGGGCCGGCUUCAGGUAUACAUGAAUAAAGUGAUGGAUGAUAUCAUGGCCUCUAAUCUGAACUCAGCAGUACAGGUAGUUGGACUAAAAUUUUUAACCAACAUGACUAUUACUAAUGACUACCAGCACCUACUUGUCAAUUCCAUUGCAAACUUUUUUCGUUUGUUAUCUCAGGGAGGUGGAAAAAUCAAGGUUGAGAUUUUGAAAAUACUUUCGAAUUUUGCUGAAAAUCCAGAUAUGUUAAAAAAACUGCUCAGUACCCAAGUGCCGUCAUCAUUUAGUUCCCUCUACAAUUCUUAUGUGGAAUCAGAAAUUCUUAUUAAUGCCCUUACUCUAUUUGAGAUCAUCUACGACAAUCUCAGAGCAGAAGUAUUCAACUACAGAGAAUUCAAUAAAGGUUCCCUUUUUUACUUAUGCACUACAUCUGGAGUGUGUGUUAAGAAAAUUCGAGCCUUAGCAGAUCACCACGACCUCUUGGUGAAAGUGAAAGUUAUAAAACUAGUGGACAAAUUCUGAUUGGCUAUGUGCUCUUAAAAGACUUGAAGAAAUUUCUUGGUUUUGCAGUCUGGAAGCAAUGAAAAUUGAAAGUUACUGCUUUUCCACUUGCUUAAAUAGUAAAGGGAUCCUUUCAGCUGCCAGUUUUGAAUAAUGCAUCAUCCAGAGUGAUGUUAUCUGUGACAGUCUCCAGCUUUAAGCUGAACCAUUUUAUGGAUACCAAAUAAAUAGUCCUCUUUUACUGAAAACACAUUUGUGAUUUUAAUCGUGCUGCUUGAAUGGAAAUAUUUUUACUGGUUCCUCUAUGUGAAUUGACAGUGAACCUGUCCAUCAUGAGUAGCCUACACUUCUAUCAUUUGUUUUGACUUGAAUUUAUCCACCAAAGACUUCAUUUGUGUAUCAUCAAUAAAGUUGUAUGUUUCAAGUGACAAAAAA